GACUCCUCCGCAGAGCGCAAUCAAUUUCCAAUAAAAUAUUUUAUUUCGAAACAAUCACAGGAAACCCUAUUCGAGCUCUACUGCUGUGUCGCUGUUUCUAGUAAAGUUUGAGACAUUUCUCAGUUUAUCGCUGCGUAGUUUGGCGAAAAACUACUUUGAUAAUUAUCUUGCUGUGUGUCUACAGCUCCCAUCGACAUGCAUCCUCCAUCUUUACACGUUUUAACGCGAGCUAGCUCCGAAAACCACAUGCUAACAUAAACAAACAGGCAGCUAGCAAGCCAAGCUAGCAACUUAGCAUCACCACCACUGAUAACUAAAGCCACUAUUUGGACUUUAAUCGCGAUUUUAACACCACCGGGACAAACUCUGCCCAAAAUCGCUGUGAUCAAUGUCUUCAUAUACGAGCGCAAGUGUGGUUUUGCAACUCGGAAAACGAAACUUGAACUUUAACCCUACUUCUGGCCUCCUCAGAGGUCUUCUGCACCAUGUGGAUGUGCAUUGCUGUUCUCCUGCUGUGGAUGAAGUCAGGAGGAUGCACAGAAAGGGCCAACACAUCAGAGCUGGUUGAAUACACCGCCCUGGACUUCUAUGAGAAAUUGCACUCUGGGAAAAUGAUGUUCAUCUACUUUGAGCAGAAAGUCUCUCCGACCAUCUCUCUCUUCUUGGUGGAGCUGGAGAUGUCAGCUGAAGCUCUGCACGAUUAUGGCGUCCUGGUCGGCAAGGUUAACUGCAAUAAAGAGCCGGUUCACACAUACUGCACCGACGAGAGGCUUCUGCAUUCAGCUUUUCUGUUCAGGGGGGGUAAGGAGUUCCUGGGUUUGGAUUUGGACACUGUGUUUGAUGUCAACUCCAUCGUCUCUGAAGUCCUGUUCGCCAUCCUGCGUGAAGAGGUCAGGUACGUGCACACAGACGCAGACCUCUUGGCCAUGGAGAAAGCCGCCAGGGGGCAGAAGAAUAUUGUGCUGGGUUACGUGCGCAGUCUGGGAACACAAGAGCACAGAUCAAUGAUGGAGACGGCGUAUGUGUACGGAUCCAAAUACCAGUUCAUCCUCAUAACAGGAGGACCAGUCCUCAAACAUUUAGGUGUUAAUCAAUCGUCUCACUCGUCUCAAGUGUGGUUCCUCCACUGUAGAGUUCACAGCGGCUUCAUGACCCCUAUGACCUCUGAGCGCUGCCCUUUGACCCGCAUGAGGAAACCUCUGUCCGUCCUUAGCCUCCACUCCUUCCUGCAGCUCAUGGAGGCUCCACUGGUGUCUGAAGUAUACAACGACCCCUCCAUGGUCCCACCCCCUCAGUUCCCCUACCAGCAGACCCCCCAGGUCUUCCUCUUCUCCCGUCCCGAAACUGCGCACCUGGACCUGGACACAGCCACCACUCUGGCCUGGAGGCUGCGGGGCAUCGCCCUGGUGCUGCUCGUACACAG